AGAAAAAAAUUCGUUUUCAAUACAAGUUGAACCACUUUCUGAUAUUUUUUUCUUCUUUCUUUCGUGGACUGGAUGUUGACUGCAGUAAAAAAAAAAAAAAGACGGGGGCAAGAAGGAAAAAGUAAGAGAAGACGAGAGCUAAAUAAAAGGCCACACGUCAAUAUCCAUAUAGAGUCAUAGAUAUAUACAUGUGUAUAUAUUCUGUGUAUAUAUUCUUAUAUACUUCCCAGUUCAACCUUUAUUUAAACUCGCUUCUGCUUCUUUGAUUGAUAUCUUUUGUCAUCGCUGUUGCUGCUGUAAAUGAAAAAAAUGGGAGAAAAUACGAACGAGAAAAAUAAGAACAAAAAGAAAAGUGAAAAGAACAACGACAAAACUGACAACACCAGCAAAAACAAUAACAAAAGCAACAACAACAAUAAUAAAGCCAACAAAAACAACAACAAUAAAACUGCCAACAACACCAACAAUAAAACUGCCACCAACAACAACAAUAAAACUGCCAACAACAACAACAAAGCCAACAACAACAAUAAUAAAGCCAACAAAAACAACAAUAAAACUGCCAACAACAACAACAACAACAAUAAAACUGCCAACAACAACAACAAAGCCAACAGCAAUAAAACCAUCAACAAAAGCAACAACAAAAAGAAGAAUACAAAAUGUACCAAGGCAUGUCUAUCAGGUGUUAAAAGCCUCUUGUGUUUCUUCUUGGUCAUUGCUUUCUGCACACAUGGCUUGCUACCAGUAUUAUUCUGGACGUUCCCAGAAAUCAGCAACUUUGUGAUAUUCUCAAACCGAGUAAAGUGGACAAUUUUUGCAAACUUGAGUGACCCUCACUAUUUUGGUUUGGAUCAUACCAGAAACUUCUUCCUCCAAUCAAAGCGGAAUAUUAAACUGGGUGCUUGGCAUAUACUUCCUGAUAAUUUAAAGAGCAAAGCCAAAGAUUUUAGCGACAAUGACUAUGAGAAAAGCCUCCAAUAUUCUGAAACACCAAUUGUGAUGUAUAUGCAUGGAAACUCCGGUUCCAGGGCCUGUGAUCACCGCGUCAAUCUGUAUCAUCGUUUAUCACAGAUGAAUUAUCAUAUAAUAACUUUUGAUUAUCGCGGAUUUGGUGAAUCUACUGGUAUCCCCUUCGAAGAUGGUGUUGUAGAAGACAGUCUUUUUGUAUACAACUGGAUCAGAUCAAGAGUACCCUCAGACACACCCGUUAUCUUAUGGGGACAUUCUUUAGGAACUGGAAUUGCUACAAGAUUAGCGAAGACCUUGUGUGAUGGUGGUGUGCCACCCACUGCUCUUGUCUUGGAGUCACCGUUUAAUAACAUCCUGGAAGCUUCAGCAAACUUGCCACCAUUCUUUUUAUACAGACCAUUCCGGCCACUGAGUUACAUGAUUCUCAACUCUGUCGAAAGAUGUGGAACAGAAUUUGCUAGUGACCAAAAUAUCAAAGAUGUAACAAGUCCUAUAUUAAUCCUCCAUGCCGAAGAUGAUGGACUUAUACCCAUAAAACUUGCCAGAAAGCUUUAUAACGCAGGUUUGGAAUCGCGGCCCCAAAACAGUGGACAAUUGCUGUUAGUGCCAUUCGACAAAUCCUUUGGUUAUGGACACAAACAUCUGCACAGUGCCCCUAAUUUUGCCUCUGUCGUCAAAUCGUUUCUAGAGUCUUCCACGUAAUGAUUGAUGCCAGGAACAACAGAGGUGGUUUGUGUAAACUUGAUGUAAUAAAAUCAUGUGAAAUAUAUUGUUUAAAAAGAAAAAAAUAUAUUAUUUAUAAUAAUAGUAAAAAAAUGACUCCUGUUUUAAU